CUAGCUUGUGAGUAAACAGACACAGAAAUGCCAGUAAGAAUGAAAAGCCUUCCACUCCUGCUGCUAGCAUGUGCAGCACUUUCCUCUGCUGCUCCUGUGGCUCCAGAAGUUGACACCACAAUGCUUGUUGAGGGUUAUCUAAGAAAUUUCUACAGUCUGGAAACAGAAUUGCACCCUUCUUUUAAGAGGAAAAUCACUGAUUCUGUAUCUGAAAAACUCAAGAAAAUGCAGUCAUUUUUUGGACUAAAAGUGACUGGGAAGUUAAAUAAUGAGACUGUGGAAAUGAUGAAGCAGCCCAGAUGUGGUGUGCCUGACAUCGGCGAGUAUGUUUUAAUUGAUGGGAAUCCAAAGUGGACAAGAAAUGAUCUGACAUACAGGAUUAUAAACCGCACACCUGACAUGAGACCAGCUGAUGUGGACGAGGCUAUCAAACAAGCAUUUGAAGUCUGGAGUAAUGUGGUACCACUGACAUUCAGAAGAAUCGAGGAUGGAGCAGCAGAUAUAAUGAUGUCUUUUCAAUAUAGAGAUCAUGGUGAUGGGUAUCCCUUUUAUGGACCCCAUGGGACACUGGCUCAUGCUUUUCAGCCUGGUCCCCGGAUUGGUGGAGAUGUCCACUUUGAUGAGGAGGAAACUUGGACAAAAUACAAUAGGGGCUACAGCUUGUUCAUCGUUGCUGCCCAUGAGUUAGGCCAUUCAUUGGGUCUGGCUCAUUCUCCUGAUCCUGGUUCUCUGAUGUACCCGAAUUAUGCCUACAGAGACACUAAAGAAUUUCAUCUCCCUCAAGAUGACAUUAAUGGCAUUCAAGCUAUCUAUGGACAAUCUCUGCAACCUGUUCAACCAACUGGACCCUCAACUCCAGGAACGUGUGACCCUAAUUUGUCUUUUGAUGCUGUUGCUACUCUGCGUGGAGAAAUGCUGUUCUUUAAGGGCAGGUACUUAUGGCGCAAGCAUCCGCAAAUAAGAGAGACUGAGAUAAAUUUAAUCUCUCAGUUCUGGCCAACCCUGCCAGCUGGAAUUCAAGCUGCUUAUGAAAAUGUUGAAAAAGAUCAAUUUGUUCUUUUUAAAGAGGACAAAUAUUGGGUUUUCAAAGAAUCCAAUGUAGUCCAUGGCUACCCUAAAAGAAUUCAUCAGCUGGGCUUUCCAAAGACUGUUAAAAGAAUUAAUGCAGCUUUCAGUGAUAAGAAUACAGGGAAAACAUAUUUCUUUGUAGCCAACAAGUAUUGGAGCUAUGAUGAAAGAAGACAAUCCAUGGAUAAGGGUUAUCCAAGGAAAAUAAUCAAAGACUUCGGAAAAAUUGGACAGAUUGAUGCAGCUUUCCAGCAUAACGGCUAUAUCUAUUUAUUCCAUGGAACAAAACAGACCCAGUUUGAUCCUAAUACCAAGCAAGUUGUCAGAGUCCUGAAGAGCACUAGCUGGUUUGGUUGUUAAUCACAGUGAUUUCCAUAACU